AUGAACAGUGAGACAGAUGCUUUUCAGCGCUGUGCCAGGUCAGUCAGGACUGUGGGAGCCGACGUGCCCUUGCUUUCCACUGGGAAUCCAUUGUAUGAGACAUAUUACAAACAAGUAGAUCCCACAUACACAGGGAGAGUUGGGGCUAGUGAAGCAGCUCUAUUUCUUAAAAAGUCAGGUCUCUCGGACAUCAUCCUUGGGAAAAUAUGGGAUUUGGCUGACCCAGAGGGUAAAGGAUACUUGGAUAAACAGGGUUUCUUUGUUGCAUUGCGACUCGUAGCAUGUGCACAGAAUGGCCAUGAUGUUACCUUGAGCAAUCUAACUUUGACUGUGCCACCUCCUAAAUUUCAUGAAAGUGGUAGCCCCUUAUUGAUCACUCCUCCUUCAACAGAAAGUCACUGGGCUGUUAGGGUGGAAGAAAAAGCAAAGUUUGAUGGUAUUUUUGAAAGCCUUUUGCCAGUAAAUGGCUUACUUUCAGGAGACAAAGUAAAACCAGUACUGAUGAACUCAAAACUACCUCUUGAUAUCCUAGGAAGGGUCUGGGAUCUCAGUGAUAUUGAUAAAGAUGGACACCUGGAUAAAGAUGAAUUUGCUGUGGCAAUGCAUUUGGUUUAUAGAGCUCUUGAGAAAGAGCCAGUUCCUUCAGUAUUACCCCCAUCACUUAUUCCACCUUCCAAAAGAAAGAAGGCACCUGCUUUUCCUGGUGCAGUUGCUGUUCUCCCUGCAAGCCCUCCACCUAAAGACAGCCUUCGUUCUACUCCAUCACAUGGCAGUGUAAACAGCCUAAAUAGUACAGGGAGUUUGUCUCCCAAACACAGCAUCAAACAAGCACAGCCAUCUUUGAAUUGGGUGGUACCAAUGUCUGACAAAAUGCGAUAUGAUGAAAUCUUCUUAAAAACUGAUAUGGACAUGGAUGGUUAUGUGAGUGGUCAAGAAGUGAAGGAUAUUUUUAUGCACUCAGGACUUUCUCAGAAUCUCUUGGCACACAUAUGGGCCUUGGCAGACACAAGACAGAUGGGAAAGCUAAGCAAAGAUCAGUUUGCCUUAGCCAUGUAUCUCAUUCAACAGAAGGUCAGUAAAGGGAUUGAUCCUCCACAAGUGUUGUCCCCAGAUAUGAUCCCUCCUACAGAGAGGAGUACUCCCAUACAAGAUAGCUCAAGUUCUGUUGGGUCAGGAGAAUUUACAGGAGUAAAAGAACUUGAUGAUAUUAGUCAAGAGAUAGCACAGCUACAAAGAGAAAAAUAUUCACUAGAGCAGGAUAUUAGAGAAAAGGAGGAAUCAAUUAGACAGAAAACCUGUGAAGUUCAGGAACUGCAAAAUGAUUUAGAUAGAGAAACAAGUAAUUUGCAAGAGUUAGAAGCUCAGAAACAAGAUGCUCAAGACCGCCUGGAUGAAAUGGACCAGCAGAAAGCCAAACUGAAAGAUAUGCUAAAUGAUGUGAAGCAGAAGUGCCAAGAAGAAACGCAAAUGAUUUCAUCACUGAAAAUGCAGAUUCAGUCUCAGGAAUCAGAUUUAAAAUCACAGGAAGAUGAUCUAAAUAGAGCAAAAACAGAGUUGAAUCGCCUCCAGCAAGAAGAAACACAGCUAGAGCAGAGCAUCCAGGCAGGAAAAGUUCAACUUGAAACAAUAAUUAAAUCUUUGAAGUCAACACAAGAAGAAAUCAAUCAGGCAAGAAGUAAGCUUUCUCAACUUCAAGAGAGUCACCAAGAAGUCAAUAAAAGUAUCGAACAAUAUAAUGAAGCUCUGAAUGGGAUUCAUGGUGGAAGCAUGACAAAUUUAGCAGACAUAAAUGAAGGAAUUGCACAGAAAGAAAGAGGCAGUUUUGGAGCUAUGGAUGAUCCAUUCAAAAAUAAAGCCUUGUUGUUCAGUAAUAACACACAAGAAUUGCAUACAGAUCCAUUCCAGUCAGAAGAUCCUUUCAGAUCUGAUCCAUUUAAAGGAGCUGACCCUUUCAAAGACAGUGAUCCAUUUCAUAAUGAUCCUUUUGCAGAACAACCACCUGCUUCAGCAGAUCCAUUUGGAGAGGAUCCAUUUAAAGAAAGUGACCCAUUUCGUAGUUCAGCCCCUGAUGAUUUUUUUAAGAAACAGGUGAAGAGUGAUCCAUUUACAUCUGAUCCGUUCACAAAAAAUCCCACAACGCUCUCGAAGCCUGACCCUUUUGAAAGCAGUGAUCCUUUUACAUCUUCAGGUAUCUCUUCAAAACGCCCAGAUCCUUUUGGAACGUUAGACCCAUUUGGAAGUGGUGCCUUUAAUAGUAAUGAUGGUUUUGCAGAUUUUAGCCAGAUGUCAAAGCCUACAGCUUCAGACCCUUUCACCUCCUCUUUUGGAGGGAUGGGAUUCUCAGAUGACCCUUUUAAAAGUAAGCCAGACACUCCCGCUCUACCACCGAAGAAAAAUGUUCCUCCACGGCCCAAGCCACCUAGUGGUAAAAGUACUCCUGUAAGCCAGCUUGGGUCUGCAGAUUUUACCAAGCCCCAUGAUCCAUUCCAGCCAUUUGGGGCUGACAGCAGUGACCCGUUUCAAAGUAAAAAGGGGUUUGGGGACCCAUUUAGUGGAAAAGAUCCAUUUGCUCCCUCCUCUUCAAGUAAAACUUCUAAAGACUCUUCCUUGGGGUUUGCAGACUUCAGCUCUUUUGGAAAUGAGGAGCAACAGCUGGCAUGGGCAAAGCGAGAGAGUGAGAAGGCGGAGCAGGAGAGGCUAGCUCGAUUACGAAGACAAGAACAGGAAGAUCUUGAAUUGGCUAUUGCACUUACCACGCUUGCCUCUGACUGCAGGGUCAAACCACCUGUUUCAAGUUGACAGUGCUUCUUCAUUAUCCAUCCUUAGAAGGUGAAUUCUUCUCCCCUGCCAUCCAGGGAAUAAAAGCAUCACUUCUGGAGUACAACAGGCCGGAGGAGUGAAAGUCACAGGAUUUGCAUUAAAGCCUGAGUCUUUUUGUGGAAAAAGGGAAUGGGGGGGUGGGGGUGGGGGGUGAAAUGACACUUUCCUCUUCUGCUCAAAUCUAAACCUUACCUGCAAAGCCAGUUUAUAAAGGAUUGCUAUUUCUGGAUCACUUUUCAGACAAUAUCACAUAUGAGACGUGUGAGCUAAACAGCAUGACAUUUUCUAAGUUACCAUGUCUCUGAAAUCUUUUAUAGCUUUAUUAUUUCUGAGAUAAUGGGAUAAUGUUUUUCAAGACAGUCAUUAUGAUGUUAAAAGAGUGACUUGAUCUAAUAUACUAAAUAUAAACUUUGAUCUUCCCUUCUCAGGUAGAGAUUUGGUCAGCCAAAUACUAGUAAGAAUGAUCCAGUAACAAAUGAUCAGUCAAAUUAAUGGAACAGGAAUAUGUAAAUGAUCCAUGUACAAUCUCAGAUGUGCAUUAGCUCUCGGCUUAUCUGAGAUGGCUUUUAUUCAGGAAGACAGGAGGAAGAUUUUAUAAGAUUGAAGUCAAGGAAACUCUCUUGAGAUCUCUGUGUAAUACCAUCUAAAAUGAUUUUCCCUUGUAGAAAGCAAAAAUGUUACCUUCAUUCCUGACUACCCUUGUUAUCCAUUGAUUUAAGUUACUAUACUUGUUCUCCUAAGGCAAAAAAAAACAAACCAACAAAAAACAUUGGAAGACAUUGAUCUUUCUUUUAUUCUCCAGAAUGCAGAAAUUCAUACCACAAAAUAGACUUACUUCAGUUUGGGCAAAUCAGUAUACAAAAUAUAUAGUGUAUGUAUACAUUGUAAGAUGUACCAUUUAUGUAUAUAUACAGUACAAUACAUUACAUAAUUAUAGUGUGUGUGUGUAUAUACUAAACAUAUGUCUAUAUAUUGCAGCAGUUAUAUGCUCUGUAUAUAAAGUGCGCGUAUGUGUACGUUCACACACGCAAUGAAUAUGUAGUAUAUAAUUAUAUGUAUAGUCUGUAUUUAAGAAGUGUAUGUUUAUGUCCAUUUUUCUUUAUGUACAUGGAAAUUGUGCUACUGUGGUUAGAAUUUUCAAAUUCUGGUGAACUUAAAAAAAUGUUACAAUUUCCAAUAAUUCUUUAUUAGUUUGAAAAAAUGUGUGUGAAGUUGCCCAGAUGGACAAGAAACUUGGCUGGUAUCUCAGAUAUAUAUAAUCAAUUUAGGAUAGAAAUUUACAUUGUCUUUGUGGUCCUGUAGUGUCUACUUGCACUUAAUGGCCAUUUCUGAUCUAAUAUAAUAUACUUGCUUAGUGCUGUCAUCUCUCUCCUUUUUUGGGGGAGAUUAAGCAAGGGUUUUUACUAGCUUUCAAUUAAAACGUUAUUUGCUUUUAUGGGCAUUGAGGAAGACUUCUUUUUAUAGUCUCUCAUCUCCCACAUGCGUUGCACAGUCAUUCUUUUGUGGGCUUGAACUGUGCUUUUUCUCUAUUUCCAUCUAAGUUUUUGCCUUAAGAGAAGUUACUGUCCAACGUUGCUGCUUUUGAAAAUAAAAAUGUAGAUGUUUCUUUCUACUUGGAAAAACUAUUAGACUAUGCAGUACACUAAAUAACCGCAGAGAAGUUUGCUAGACUUCUGUACUAGCAUAUGUAUGUUGUAAUAUAUUCACCUGCACAUUUGAAGUACAGUCAGAGCUGAGUGACUUGGCAACCGUUAAAUAACAGAGCAACGCUAUACAGCAUAUAAAUACAGCACCUUAAAACAGAAAAGACUACUUAUUCCAAUUAAACUGGACUUCUACAAGUUCUGCGCUCAUCAGACACAGAUACUGAAUUACCUGUAUAUUCCUCUCUAGAUCAGUGUAUACAUAUUUCCCAAAUGAGUUUCUUGAUUUUUUUUCUUUUUUUUUAAGUUCAAAAUGUUUUUGUUGUUGUUGUCGAGACUGCCAGUCAUUCUACCAACUGGAACAGACACUGGCAAGGGAAGUCUUGGCACUUCCACACUUGCUGUAUGAGACUCUUUAUAUCAAAGUUCUUCUUAUGAGGUUUCUGGUUUAAUUAUUUUUACGUGGGGUAAGUCCUCAGCCCCUACUGUGUUUUGUUUUAUUUAGCAAAUUCCAAGGAUAAUCUAUGAUAGUACAACACUUAGUCAAAAUGAUUUUGUCAUCUCUCUGGCUUUGCUAAAAGGCAGUGUACUUUCCUAUGAUUAUUCUUGUAAUCCUUUUGGAUCUACUUUCUUUUUUUUUCCUUGAAUAAUUUUCCAUUAAGAAAAAAUUGACCUGUGGACUCUAAUCUUACGGAAUUUCAGUCCAAAUGUUCAGAACCAACACCUCACCCAUCUAGGAGGUUCGUUCCAUUUUUUCCACUUAACUUAUUCCUGCCUCUUAGAAACAACAUUUCUAUAUAAUCUCAAUGUUGCAGAAUAAAUUAUAUCAAAAUGAUAACUAUUUGUUUUGUUCUGCAGUAAUAAACUCACUAGUUACAAGCAAGCUAUUUCUGGGCCAAUACAGUCAAUAGUUACAUAUUCAUUGCAUCCUUUUCUGCUAAUUUCCUAUUCACAACAAACAUAUUUACCUUUUUUUGAGUAAGGAAAUACUGGUGAAAAUUCUGGCUUGAACAUGUUGGAAUCUUAAGGUUUUGUUUUAGGAUUGAACCAGUUAACUCUUUUCAUAUUCGUAGAUAAAUCUGUUUUAUCAGUUAGGAUAUUGGUUUUAGCGGUGUUGGUCUAAAAGCAUAGGGAGACAAAACUCUUGGGGUAGAGGCAAUAUCUUUUAUUAGAUCAACUAAAUA